GAGAAGACCGAGAGAACUGUUUGGUUUGUUUCGGAAUUUCUAACGUUCCCGAUUCUCCCGCGCUGUAUCGUUUACCGAUCUUCGUGGCCACCCGGUCGUGUUAUGUAAAGCUAUUCGUAAGCUCUCACACACCACCCUUCUCUCUCCUCUCUCUCUCUCAUCGGCUUCUCAAUAAUCAAUCUCCUAUUGGCUGCCUCCCCAAUCUCUCUGUCCGAACAUUUUCCGACGUUUGGAUUUUUCGUUUUCUAAUUUUGAUUUCCUCGUCUGAGCUUUUGACUGUUUUGGGAUUUCCAAGAGGGGAUUCCAGAGUAAGGGAGGUGCAGAAUGGGAAGGGUUAAGCUAAAGAUUAAGAGGUUGGAGAAUACAAAUGGGCGUCAAGCAACUUAUGCCAAAAGGAAGCAUGGCAUCAUGAAAAAGGCUAAUGAAUUGUCAAUACUAUGUGACAUAGACAUUGUCCUUCUUAUGUUUUCGCCCACUGGGAAGCCUUCUUUAUGCAGCGGAAAACGCAGUAGCAUUGAAGAGGUUAUAGCAAAGUUUUCUCAACUUACCCCACAGGAAAGAGCUAAAAGGAAACUGGAAAGCCUCGAAGCACUGAAGAAAACAUUCCGGAAACUGGACCAUGAUGUGAAUAUACAAGAAUUUCUGGGUACAAGUUCUCAAACGGUUGAGGACUUGAAUAAUCAAUCUAAGUUAUUGCAAACCCAGCUUUCCGAAACAAAGAAGAGAUUAAGUUGUUGGACGAACCCUGAUAAGAUCAACAGUGUAGAUCAAUUGGGACAAAUGGAAGAUUCAAUUAGAGAGUCAAUUAACCAGAUUCGAACACAUAAGGAAAAUUUACAAAAACAACAACUAAUGUCAUUAGAAUGCACCAGUCAGUUCCAAAAUGGAUUACAUAUACCCUUUAGCAUGAGUACUGAGCAGCAACUCCAGCCUCUGCCAUGGAUUCCUAGUAAUGAAAAUCGGCACAUUGUUUUACCAGAGGACACGAACUUGCUUCCUCAUAGGGACAUGGAAUGCUCUGCUAGUUCCUCGUUCGGAAGUUAUUCUGGUUACCUGGGGACAGGAAAAAGUCCAGAGAUUUCCAACUCUGGUCAGGAAAACAGUAUACUAAAUGACUUGAGUAGAGCUGCACCACUGAGGCUACAGCUGGGCGGGCAGUUUUCCUCCUACCUUCCAUACAAUCUUAAUAUGCUGACCGAUACAAAAUUCCAACAACCCGCCGAAAUGAGUCCUCAAGAAAACCCUGUGGAAUAUCAUGUUAAUGGAAGCUUUGAAGCUCCUAGACCUGAUUUUUUCACUACCCAGCAUAGUUGGGCAUCUACAUCUGGUCCCUGUGCCGUUACUAUGUUUGACGAGCAUUUAUAUUCCCAGACAAACUAAGAUACCCAUGAGUGAUUUUGUCGUCAUCCACUUAUGGAGCGUUGCAGCAGUUUGAUGAGUGCUUGAGAAAUGGACUUUUAAAAAUGGAUUUCAGUUAUGAUUUGCCGCGGAAAUGUAGAAGGCAACCACCAGGCCAUGUACAGCAGGGGGUUCAGUUCAGCAACCACAUAACAGCCCUAUCAUUAGCGAUUAGUCCCUUGCUAUGAGGAAAGGAUGGUGCUGAUGCCUAAGAAUGAGGCACCAACCUCUACAGUGAAUGUGUGUGUUAUUAUAUAUAAUUAUAGGUUUUGUAGAGUCUAAUUUUUGCUGCCUCCCCACUUUUCUUGGCUGCCAAGGUUGCUAGUGGUAAUUUAGAAUGCUGCCUUCUCCUUGUUCCUCCUCAGUAAUCUGAGCUUUGUAAAUAAAAAGUAUAUAAUAUAUAUGUAACGAUAUAUAGUACACCAAGCAUGAACUUAA